AAGAACGCUGAUCUGAUUGGUCGCGCGGGAUCCGCCGGAUCUUCAAAGCCCGAGCCGAGCGCAUUUGUGCAGCGGUGGGCGGUAAAGGCUCCAAAACAGCCGAGGGACUUAUAAAUGCAAAGACCUUUCACAGGUGAUGGCAACUUCACUUCUUGGGGAGGAACCGAGGGUUGGAUCCACUCCAUUGGCCAUGUUAGCAGCGACCUGUAACAAAAUCGGGAGCUCGAGUCCCUCCUCGGACAGCGGCUCGUUUGGAAAAGGAGGUUUUCACCCUUGGAAACGCGCAGCGCCCAGCAGCUGUUCUCUCUCUCCGUUCGGCGCGCAGCGGAACGACUCGUUCAGCGCCAACAGCUCGUUCUCCUUAACGGGCACCAACGCCUCCACCAGCCCGUUUGGAAACGACUACCCCGUGUUUCAAACUUCAGUGGCCAACAGUUCUCAGGACCCGAGCGCGCAGUCGGUGUUCAUCUCCAAAGUGGACACUCUGCAGGGGAUUUACCCGAGAAUGAGCGUCGCGCAUCCGUAUGAGACGUGGUUCAAAUCCGCGCACGCUGGCAUCUCCGCCGGGGACGUGAGCGCCGGUGGCGGCUCCUCUUGGUGGGAUGUGGGCACCGGUUGGAUUGACGUUCAAAGCGCGAACGGCGCCGCGCUCCAGAGCUCUUUGCAUUCACCUUUGGGUGGAUACAACUCAGAGUAUUCCUCCCUCACUCACACCGCGUUCAGCGCCAGUCCGUCUCCGCAUCUCCUCACAGGUGGCCAGCACCUGAUGGACGGAUUCAAACCGGUUUUAUCCGCCACUUACCCAGAAACCAGCCCAGGUACUAACGGCGCAGUGCUAGCCGGGUCUCCGCGCUCAUCCACCCGGCGGUACUCCGGCAGAGCGACCUGCGACUGUCCAAACUGUCAAGAGGCGGAUCGCCUGGGGCCCUCAGGGGCCAGUUUGCGCAGAAAGGGCCUCCACAGCUGCCACAUCCCGGGCUGCGGAAAGGUAUACGGAAAGACAUCGCACCUCAAAGCGCAUUUGCGUUGGCACACCGGCGAGAGGCCGUUCGUUUGUAACUGGCUCUUCUGCGGGAAGCGCUUCACCAGGUCAGACGAGCUCCAGCGGCAUUUACGCACACACACCGGGGAAAAGAGAUUCGCCUGUCCGGUGUGCAACAAGCGCUUUAUGCGCAGCGACCAUCUCAGUAAACACGUGAAAACGCACAGCGCCUGCGAGCCCGGCUCCAGCGGGGUUAAGAAGGGCAGCGAUACCGACAGCGAACAGAGUGUACCGGGCAGCCCAGCCUGCCAGUCACCGGAAAUGAUCCACAACACAGAACCCGUCCAGAACGGCCUCUGAGAAGAGAUAUAGAUAACAUGCGUUCUUAAAGAUAAAGGUUCCCAUUAGAGCCAAAAAUAACUUUUUAUUCUCAAAUUCCUUCGAAAACUGGUAUUUUAAAGAACCCAUAACACUGAUCUGAAAACGUAUAAAACAUAAGCCGUUUUAAUGUUCACUCUAAAAAUGCUGGGUUGUUUCAAACCAACUUUGAGUCAAAUAUGGACUAAAAAAAACAGCUGGGUUAGUCCAUAUUUGACCCAAAAGUUGGGUUCAAACAAGCAUUUUUUUUAGAGUGCAUAAACACUCCAAUGGUCCAAAUGGUGGUUUUCGCAGCGAUGCGAUAGAACCACAAUUUUUGGUUCCUCAAAGAACCUUUCAGUGAAAAGUUCUUAAAAGCAUUUUUUUUCUUAGUGUAAAGAACGUUUGAAAAAUCUUAAUAACUUUUUCAAAUUAUAAACAACAUGUUACGUAACGGAUGGUAAACGUUCGUUAUGGAACCACUGAUGCCAAUAAAGAACUUUUAUUUCCAAGAGUGUGUCAACUCAAGAACUCUAUACAGAAAGUGUUUAUUGGUCUUCAAAGAACCAUGGAUGUUCAUUAUAGACUGAUUUGAAAUCAGCAGAAGGUCUCUCUCAGGUGUUCUUGGAUAUUUAAAAUAGCCCUUUUGGAUGCAGUGAUGAAAAUAACCUCGUCAUGCAGAUAAAGAUGAAACAAACUGCAGAACUUUGAUAUUUGCGCUGCAUCUACAGAUUCUCCAUUCACUCAUGUCUAUUGAGGCACUUUAUUAACUAAUUAAGAAAAUCAAGGAUUUUAUUCCUCAACAGCUGCACAAAUGUCUUAUUAUUCUGUACUUGCCAACUGAACUGUUUUAUUUUGUGCUCCUUGAUGAUUUGGAAACGGAGAGUCUCUAACCCAGCGAGUCUAUAAUAUUACGCCUAAUUUGGAGAUGAAAAGUGCGUGUUUGUACAUUAGUCGUGUAGUUGAUAUCUAUGACCGUGAAUCUGAACUCUUCUCAAUGCAAAGUGAAACUGUACAUAGGAUUGUCUUGAAACUAUUUAUCAUCGAGUUUGAUUUGUGCUUUGAAGUCUAUCAGAGUCGCACUUUGAAUCUAUAUUUAUAAUUUCAGGAUCGAAUCGAGUCGAUCAGUUAUUGGAUUAUCUUUUUGUUUUAUUAUUAUUUAAUUGAGCAUGUGUGUUUGUGUUUACUGACCGUUUACUUUAAGGUAAUAAAGUCAAAUAUGACUUGGCUAUUUGGACUGUUUUUGGGGGAAUUAUGGGGUCUGUGGGUUGAUGAUGGUUUACCACAAAAAUAGUGUGUUCAGCACUG